UCGCGUGCGGCGGUGGCGGUGCUUCAGCUGAGGAGGAGGAGGAGGAGGAAGGACCGCAGCGCUGUCUUUUUUUCGAGCUUCUUUUUCAAGCACCGUAUUUUACACUCCAGCAGACGGACGGACGCAGCCGCUGGGAGGUCUACCGGACCGUUCGCUGCCGGUUUUAGUCGGUUUUGUCGCCGCAGCGCCGCAAAACAAGCGCUGACCCGGAUCGCACCUGCCGCGGAGCGAGGACAACAAAGACCGACCAGCUGCUUCAAACCGAGCCGUUCUCCUGAUCUGAUUCGGCUAUUUAAAAAGCCCGUGGGGCACACACGAGGCUGGAGCUGCAGGAGGAGGUUUGCGUGCGUGAAAUGCGCCGAACCGAGCCGAUCCUUGCAGGACGGGUUUAAUUAUAGCAGCCUGCGCGUCCUGCCCGGACACCCAACACUGGCGAGAAUAUAAGGGUCAAUAAUCCAGAGAACACCAGGCCCUCAUCGGUGCUUUAUUCUUUUAUUAUUAUCACUUUUAUUUUUUAAUAAUUCAACAGUCCAGUGACGGUGGCUGUCAGCAGCUGUCCUGUUUGUUCAAUGUUCCGGUAAUAAAAGGCAGAAUCAUGUGGGUCAGUCCCGAAGAUGUGCUGCUGGCGGGCGCGUUAUGGAUCACCGAGAGAGCCAAUCCGUAUUUCAUCCUCCAGAAGAGGAAAGGCCACGGGGACGGAGGCGGAGGACUGGCGGGUUUGCUGGUUGGGACCUUGGAUGUCGUUCUGGAUUCAAGCGCUCGGAUGGCCCCGUACCGGAUCCUCUACCAGACUCCCGACUCUUUAGUUUACUGGAUCAUUGCGCAUGGAACCUCCCGUAAAGAGAUCACUGAGCACUGGGAGUGGCUGGAGCACAACCUGCUGCAGACUCUGUCCAUCUUCGAGAAUGAGAAUGACAUUACCACCUUUGUCAAAGGAAAGGUGCAGGGCAUCAUCGCCGAGUACAACAAGAACCACGACGUCAAAGAGGACGACGACACGGACAAGUUCAAGGAGGCCAGCGCUAAGUUCCGUAAGCUGUUUGGGAUGCCGGAAGAGGAGAAGCUGGUCAACUAUUAUUCCUGCAGCUACUGGAAGGGGAAGGUUCCUCGACAGGGAUGGCUCUACCUCAGCAUCAACCACAUCUGCUUCUAUUCCUACUUACUGGGAAAAGAAGCCAAACUGGUGGUGCGUUGGGCAGAUAUCACCCAGCUGGAGAAGAGCGCCACCCUCCUCCUGCCUGACGUGAUCAAGGUGAGCACCCGCUCCAACGAGCACGUCUUCUCCGUCUUCCUCAACAUCAACGAGACCUUCAAGCUGGCCGAGCAGCUGGCCAACAUCGCCAUGCGCCAGCUGCUCGACAACAAAGGCUUCGAACAGGACCGCUCGCUGCCCAAGCUCAAGAAGAAGUCGCCCAAGAAGGUGUCGGCGCUCAAGAGAGAUCUGGAUGCGAGAGCGAAGAGCGAGCGUUACCGUGCGCUCUUCCGUCUGCCCAAAGAUGAAAAACUGGACGGACACACGGACUGCACCCUGUGGACUCCCUUUAACAAGAUGCACAUCCUGGGACAGAUGUUUGUUUCCACUAACUACAUCUGCUUCACCAGCAAGGAAGAGACGCUGUGCAGCCUCAUCAUCCCCCUGCGUGAGGUGACAAUCGUGGAGAAGGCCGACAGCUCCAACGUGCUGCCCAGUCCGCUCUCCAUCAGCACCAAGAAUCGCAUGACCUUUCUGUUUGCCAACCUCAAAGACAGAGACUUUCUGGUGCAGAGGAUCUCUGACUUCCUGCAGCAAACCACCUCCAAAAUCUACCUGGAGAGGGAACUUAACGGCAGCCUCAACAGCUCAGAUGACGAGGUCUACUCCCAGCAUGGAUCUCUGCUCUCCAGCAGUCCGCAGCACAGUCUGGGCUCAGAAAGCGAGCGUACGUUCAAUCUGAACGACAGCAGCGUGCCCACGGCCACACAAGCCCUCAUGACCAUGUACCGCCGCCGCUCACCUGAAGAGUUUAAUCCCAAACUGGCGAAAGAGUUCCUGAAGGAGCAGGCGUGGAAGAACCACUUCACAGAGUACGGACAGGGAGUGUGUAUGUACCGUACGGAGAAGACCAAGGAGCUGGUUCUCAAGGGGAUUCCUGAGGGCAUGAGGGGAGAGCUGUGGCUGCUCUUCUCUGGGGCGAUCAACGAGAUGGCCACUCACCCUGGAUACUACGAGGACCUGGUGGAGAAAUCGAUGGGCAAAUACAACCUGGCAACGGAGGAGAUCGAGAGAGACCUGCACCGCUCGCUCCCUGAGCACCCGGCCUUUCAGAACGAGAUGGGCAUCGCUGCCCUUCGCAGGGUCCUCACCGCCUACGCAUUUAGAAAUCCCAACAUUGGAUACUGUCAGGCCAUGAACAUUGUGACGUCAGUGUUGCUGCUUUAUGCCAAAGAGGAGGAGGCUUUCUGGCUGCUGGUGGCACUCUGUGAGAGGAUGCUGCCCGAUUACUACAACACCAGGGUUGUUGGAGCUCUCGUCGACCAGGGCGUGUUCGAGGAGCUCGCCCGUGAGUACGUCCCCCAGCUGUACGACUGCAUGCAGGAUCUCGGGGUCAUCUCCACCAUUUCUCUCUCCUGGUUCCUCACCCUCUUCCUGUCCGUCAUGCCGUUUGAGAGCGCGGUGGUGGUGGUGGACUGCUUCUUCUACGACGGCAUCAAGGUCAUCUUUCAGUUGGCGCUCUCAGUGCUGCACGCUAACAUCCACCAGCUGCUGGGCUGCAAGGACGACGGGGAGGCCAUGACGGUCCUGGGCAGGUACUUGGACAGUGUGACCAAUAAGGACAGCACCCUCCCGCCCAUCCCCCACCUGCACUCUCUGCUGACAGAUAACGGAGAACCACAUCCAGAGGUUGACAUCUUCAAACUGGUCCGCAGCUCCUAUGAGAAAUUCGGCUCCAUUCGUGCGGAUGUGAUUGAACAGAUGCGUUUCAAACAGCGACUGAGGGUCAUCCAAACCAUCGAAGAUACCACUAAACGCAACGUGGUCAGAACCAUUGUAACAGAGACGGCAUUCAGCAUCGAUGAGCUGGAGGAGCUCUAUGUGCUCUUCAAGGCGGAGCACCUGACCAGCUGUUACUGGGGAGGCAGCAGUAACCCCACAGAGCGCCACGACCCCAGCCUGCCCUACCUGGAGCAGUACCGCAUCGACGUGGAGCAGUUCAAGGACCUGUUCAACCUGCUGUUCGCCUGGGCCAACGGAGCCCACUCCGACCCGCUGGCCGUGCGUUUCUUCCGUCUCCUCGACCAGAAUGGAGACGCCCUCAUCAACUUCCGCGAAUUUAUCAACGGCCUGGGCGUUCUGUGUCACGGGGAUCUCACCGAGAAGCUCAAGCUGCUCUACAAGAUGCACGUCUUACCUGAGUUCACUCAUGAACAAGAAGAACCGGAUUCUGCCUUUGAAGCCACUCAGUAUUUCUUCGAAGACAUCACUCCAGAAACAUCCAUCGGCCAUGACUCAAAGUGCAGGAGUGAGAAAGAUGACGGUUUUGUCAGGGUUACGUUUAAAACUGAGAAAGUGAAGAAACAGAACAAUCCUGAUUAUCGCCAUUACUUGAAACUGUGGAACCAGGAGACGAAACCUAAACGAGAAAAUACAAAAGAUCUCCCAAAGCUGAAUCAGAGCCAGUUCAUCGAGCUUUGCAAGACCCUCUACAGCAUGUUCAGCGAGGACGUCGCGGAGCAGGAGCUCUAUCACGCUACAGCGACCGUCACCAGCCUGCUGCUGGAAAUGGGAGAAGUGGGGAAGCUCUUCUCCUCCGGCAGAAGGGACCUCCACCUGGACGGUAGAUCGGAGCCGAGCAUGUGUGCGAGAGACGUCUCGGAUCCCAAUGUCGGCCAGGAGCCUCAGGAUCUGGGAGACGUUUUCGACCCUGCAGGCCUGGAGAACAAGUCGAGCCCCUGCGAGGAGGGAAAAGGGGACGAAGCGAGCGAGCAGCUGCCCCCGAUGCAAGACAUCAAGCUGGAGGACUCGUCUCCUAAGGACACGGGCACGUCGUCCGCCAUGCUCAUCUCGGACGACGAAACCAAAGAUGACACGUCGAUGUCGUCUUACUCGGUGCUCAGCGCCGGCUCCCAUGAGCUGGACGAGAAGCUGCAGUGUGAGGACAUUGCAGAUGACACUGUUCUGGUGCGCAGCGACAGCAGAGGGUCCAGCAGCGGUGAAGGAGGAGGAGGAGGAGGCCGAGCUCACGACCGAGGGCUGCCUCACAGCACCAGCAUCGACAAAGACUGGGCCAUCACCUUCGAGCAGUUCCUGGCCUCCGUCCUCACUGAGCAGGCGCUGGUGCACUACUUCGAGAAGCCCGUGGAGGUGGCAGCUCGCAUAACUAAUGCCAAGAAUGUGCGCAAAGUGGGGCGCCCCCUGCUGUCCACUAGUGACUAUGAGAUCUCUCUGUCCGGGUGAGGAGGUUUUGCUGAAAGACUCGUGCCGUUCUUAAAGGAAAAUGUGAUGAUCAGUCAGUGGUGUUUUUCAGGAGAAUGAAGGUAAAUGUAAAAUGUGUGAUAGUUGAAUGAAUGUGACCAAAACUGCUCUUGGCAAUGUAUUUUAGCAGAAGAAAAAGACUUUUACUGUAACAAUCACUAGAUUCUGUCCAUCUAGGAGGGAACAGGACAUUAACAUUAUGGUUUGCUCAGAUGAAAUCAGUGUGUACAUGUAGUAGCUGUACUUUAUAAGACAUUAUGCAUAGGUGUUAAUAUUGUAAUCUCUAUUACUCUUAGGCUAUAUGUAGAUGUAAAUGUCCACAGAUACAGGGGAUAAUGAUAGUCUACGAUCACCUCACGUCAUAUCUGGUCAAACUGUUGCUUUGUCACUUUACUUUUACUUUAUAUCCUUUGCUGCUAAAAAAAAUUUUUUUAUUGUUUUUCCACUGGAUGAAAAUAUGGAAAAAUACAAAACGAAGCUGUGAAAAUUCGAUGGUAAAGUGAAUUUUCAUGUCUUAUUGUUCAAACUGUCUUCAGCUCCACUUUGGCAAAUCAUGUCGUCUUUUUCACACACAAACCUCUGAUCUCCACUUUAAAUAAUCACUUGAAAAUAACGCUCCCUGUAUUCAAAAAUAAGUUCAUUCUCUCCAGCCGUCAUUAGUAGUCGCAAACAAUGACAGAAAAAUGAAUAAAAAUCUACAAUCACAGUUUACUUGACUGAGAAGAAAAAGAACAAUGGGUGGAAAAAAAACAAACAUUUUGAUGGUUCAGAAAUGAAGGUAUUUGUUCAGAGAAAUGGUGGUUACACUAAAAUGCUGUUAGAUUCUGCACUUUCUCUACGACACAACGUGAUCCACUAACGUCUGUUUGCUUGCCUUUUGCUAUUGUCUGCACUCCAAACUGAAAAUGUUCGUUUUUUUUUAAGGUUUUUACCUUUUUGCUUAGUGCAUUUUUACAUUGCUUCUUUGUUGUUGUUGUUUUUAAGUUGUUACUCUGGAUUCUGAUGCAUUGUGUAUCACUCCAUCUAAUUAAAAUUACAGUAUGAUUGAUUCAAUGCUGCACAGUAAAA